GUGGUGAGUAUAGUGAAUCUUUCAUAUUAAAUUUUAUGUAUAUUUACGUACUAACCUGUAACAAUUUAUGAAUUUCGAAGGUGGCUUUGAUUUUAAAUUAAAUAUUUAGCUGAGUAGUAAGGAAAAGAAAGUGAAUCAAGAACUGAAAGAAAUGUCGCGCAAAUUUCUCUUCGUUGCAUUGGCACUGACUGUAAUCGUUCAUGUAGUAACCGCGGAUAGUCAGUGUCAGAUGGAACGAGCCCAGGCUAUUCAAGACAUGAUGGAUGGGAAAAUGGUAGAUGUCGUGCCUCGAUGUAAGAACAACGGUGAUUACAAGAAAGCCCAGUGCAAUCUCAAGAAAGGCGUCUGUUUUUGUGUUAAUCAAAAAACUGGUGAAAGGAAAACCGAAGAGAAAAAAAGAGGAAUCAAAUGCAAAGCAUACAAAUCCUAGUCGAGGAAUUGGAGCCAAGACAAAAAUUUUGUGACUGCAAUAAAAUUAGUAAUAAAUCUCAA